GCUCAGACCCACAUAUAUAUUCCACCCCUUGCAUUCACUCACCCCUCGAGUCUUGACCAUUAUUUUCUCGUGACAUAGUAACUUUGAACUACAUCCUCUUCAAUUGAAGCAGUGUAAAAAUGGCGGCUUUUGCACCAACACAACCCAACAUAAACAUUUCUCAAGAAUGGUCAGAUGCAGCAGACGACAUAACCAACGAUUCCACUACUUCACUUCCUCCUGUUGUCUUCAUUUGCGGCGCUAAGAACAGCGGCAAAACCACUUUCUCUCGUCAUCUCCUCAACACUUUUCUUCUUAGAUACGAGAGAGUAGCUUAUUUGGACACAGAUGUUGGACAGCCAGAGUUUACUCCGCCCGGAUGUCUAUCACUUACUAUCAUUGAUGAAGCAACUCCAGACUUGACUAUUCCUUGCCUAAAAACACCUCAAAGAUGCUACUUCUUUGGAGAUACCUCUUCAAAAAGGGACCAUGAGAUAUACUUGAAUUGUAUUAUUGCUUUGUACGAUUACUAUAGAAAGGAACAACACAUUUCAAGGAAGAAUGGAUGUCCUGGUGCAGCUGAGCUGCCUCUUAUCAUUAACACCCCCGGCUGGGUGAAAGGUAUGGGUUUCUAUACACUGGUCAAUAUGUUGAAACACAUUGCUGCAACACAUGUGGUUAAGAUAAAUAUAUGUUCCGAGACUAAGGAUCUACCUGCUGGGGCGUUCUGGUUGGAUGACAAGGACGAUUGUUCAGCUAACUUGGUGGAGAUUACUUCUGCUCGCAAGGAUUCCUACAACCGAACGGUGUUGGUGGCGAAGGAAGCGCGUCUUAUUAGAGAGCUACGAUUGAUGGCUUACUUUAGGCAGUGCUUUCCGAGCAAUAUGAGUAUCACCACAAUCAAGGAACUUGCACACGCUCUAGCCGAUCAUACUCCUUACCAAGUCUCUACAUCAAGUAUCAAGAUUAAGCAUCUCCAUUGUGAGGUACCAAGUACUGAAGUCUUCUACAGUUUGAAUGCAACCAUUGUUGGCUUGGCUGUUAGCUCAGCAGAUUCUCAAGCGUUGCCUGUAUGUGUUGGCCUUGGUAUGUCAUAUAUUCAUACUGCAUCGUCAGAGGCAUUGAUUUAUUGAAGAAUGUGAUCUAUUUGAUCACACCUGUUCCUUUGAGUAUUCUUGCAAGUGUAGAUCUUCUUUUACAAGGAUUCAUUGAGAUCCCGACUAGUUUGCUGCAGGUACAAGGUUGCAUAUCACCAUACAUGUCUGCGAAUGUCGUUCCAACGUCACAACA